AUGCCGCAGCACCCGACCGCUGCCCCACACCGUCUUCCCCCACUGGCAGGUCGCUGGUGGCCAGGAUUUGGCCGGCCGCACCCGUCCCUUGCCUCCUCUGCUCUUGAGGAUGAAAGAAAGGGAGAGAUGUUAUUUCAUUUGGUAUCACCAAAAUUAGUAGACUCCAUAAGAUUAGUAAAGAUUGCUCAGUGUGUAUACUUGUCUAUGAUUCCAUUAAUGAUGAUAAGAAAAGUUGCAAUGCCCUGUUCACUCAUCGAAGCUGCUUUGGCAUUUUCGCAAUGUUUUCUGUCAAAUCUACUUGUCAUGUGUCAAACAAAUGUCAUGGCUGCUACCAGUGAAAUUACUGGAAUAAGUGCUGGCCAACAGAACCCUAGUGUUCCUGUUUCACAAUACUUACAUCUGUCAUACAUGAUAACACGAAUGGUGCAAAGGUUGUCUGGAAUUGCCAUAAGUAGUCCACAAUCUGAGGUUCACAUUGCUGCUUCGGAAUGUGUUCUUGAUUUGAGCAAACUGUACAGAGACUUCCCGUUGUUGGACAGAACAGAGGCCAAGUUCGAGGAUGAACUUACAGAGCUCUGCGAGUCUGAAAAAAGUGAACAAGCAAAGACAAUUCUGAAGGAAUGCCUAGCCAUCCUUAAAACUCUCCCUGGAGUAACCAUGACGACAGAUUAA